AUGAAUGAUUUAGUUGAGGGUUUAAACUUGUACUGGAAUUGCAAAUUGGAUGAAGAGCAUAAAUUCAUCUCCACAUUCAAAUGUUCUAAUAGGGAUUUUGAUGCCUUUUUGCUUAUCUUAAUCGAGAGUAUAGCUGCAGGGAUCGAGAUGGAUUUGAAUAAUUCAUGUGAUAAUGUUUUUAAUAUUCAUAAAAGUCAAUUGACAGCUAUUUCUUCGAGAUAUAUAACGAAGGUCAAGACCAUAGAGCAUGCAUUAAAUCAUCCGUCUAAGUUUCAAAUAGACACAAGGGCUGUUUUCUUUAGCAUUAGGAGUUGGUGGUACUUCAGAAUGAUUCCUCUUCUGAUUGGAAAAAUCUUUAACGAGACCUUGCAUCCUCACAUUCAGAUGGAAACUUUAUGGGGAUUACGAUUUAUGAAAUGGCCUCAUUGGCUACCAAGGCCGAAAAUCAUCCCAGCAGACAGUUGUAUGCAAAACGUCGUUGAAGACGUAAUAAAUACAUCAGAGGAGUGUUUUGUUGCUUAUGGCCAUAAAGGAAUUCCAAGAUAUUUUAAACUAGCACGAAAUGCACUUUUUUGUUUAUCAUUAACGUUGCAAGUGGUGCUUCCUAUUGAUAUAGCAGGCAUUAGGUUGAAAAACGCUAUUUCCAAAUCCAUCGAAGACACCACUAUUUGGGAAUCACAAUUGAUACUUUAUAUGACUAAGGACAUUAGUGAUUACAACUACCAUUUUUUGGCGAUAAGGCCUCUCCUCCAUCCUGCUAAAUUUGAGGACUUUUGGAUAAGCACUUACAAAAAUGCCUGUGAAGCCAUUUCUAGGCGCGAAAAAGAAGUUGAAAUUAAAGAAUUUAUUGCGUUUACUAUAGAAUAUGCUUCGCUUUCGAUUGAUGUUUAUGAAUAUUUUAAGUCGUUCACAAUAGAUCAUCCUCUAUUUAUCAAGCACAUUUUCAAUUACAUGAUUUGUAAUUAUGAUAAAGGUACUUUAAGCAUCAAAAAUGGUUAUGAAUUAAGUCGCUUCAUUAAUAUAACUGGAAUUCGCCCUAAAAUAUUUGAUAUGUUUUUAGAGAGGUUUCUGCUUAAAGAAGUCAUUUGUGAUGAUGACACUUUUAAUAGAAUUGGGGAAGAUUUGGAAAACAGACAUAUAUUGGAAACGAACAAUGCGACCACUAAUAGAAGUGAAUAUUUCCAAAUCUCAAAUUGGUUUAAAAACGAUGAAAAAUUCUUGAGAUUUUUGCAAGAUGUACAAAUAUCAAAGAAUAUGAAUUUAUACAGCGCUAACGGGUAUUUAAUAUCUCUAAGGGUAUUUGACAAAAAUCUUUUUUGUAAAUAUUAUGUUGAAAGGACGGAUAAACUGUUAAUGAGGAUUCCAGAAUACUUUAAGGAAGAAUUAGAGCUGUAUAUUAAAAAAAUAGAGCUAGAAAUGAAGUUUUUUAAGAAUAAACGGUUGGAGGCGCAACCUCAGUUGUAUCGUCUAAUAAUCGAGGGUUCAUUUGAUACCAGUGUGUUGCUGGAUGUUGAUAUAUGGCAAGCAAUUGUCUUAGUUGAGUUAUUCUCCAGAUGUAGCUGUUGGAAAUGGCAAGACAUGAUUUAUACAUUGGCGGUUACCAAUGAAACUACUUUCAAAGCUGUUAUCAGGUCUUUACGCAAACACAAUAUAUUGUUGAAAAAAAAGUCCAUAUACUAUCUAAACUGCAAUUUCAAAACUAUAUCUAUCAAUGAAGACCAGCCAUACGUUGUUUGUUAUUAG